AUGGGUGCCCAGUUCUCCAAGACCGCUGCAAAGGGCGAAGCCUCCGCCGAGAAACCUGGGGAAGCAGUGGCUGCAUCUCCAUCCAAGGCGAAUGGACAGGAGAACGGCCACGUGAAGGUGAACGGCGACGCCUCCCCCGCGGCGGCGGAGGCGGGCAAGGAGGAGGUGCAGGCCAACGGCAGCGCGCCCGCCGAGGAGACGGGCAAGGAGGAGGCAGCCUCGUCGGAGCCCGCCUCCGAGAAGGAGGCGGCUGAGGCGGAGAGCACCGAGCCGGCCUCCCCAGCGGAGGGCGAGGCCUCCCCUAAGACUGAGGAGGGCGCGACCCCCUCGUCCAGCAGCGAGACCCCGAAAAAAAAAAAGAAGCGCUUUUCCUUCAAGAAGUCCUUUAAGCUCAGCGGCUUCUCCUUCAAGAAGAACAAGAAGGAGGCCGGCGAGGGGGCCGAGAGCGAGGGCGGCGCCGCCGCCGCGGCAGAGGGCGGGAAGGAGGAGGCGGCGUCCCCUGAGGCGGCGAGCAGCGAGGAGGGCAAAGCCGCCGCCGAGGAGGCCUGCGCGGCCGUCGCCGGCAGCGGCGAGGCGUCGAAGGAGGAAGCGGGGGACUCGCAGGAGGCCAAAUCGGACGAGGCCGCCCCCGAGAAGGCGGCGGGAGAAGAGGCCCCGGCAGUGGUGGAGGAGCAGCAGCAGCAGCAGCAGCAAGCAGAGGGGAAAGGUAAAGCGGCGGAAGAGGCGGCGGGAGCCGGCGCUGCUACGAGCGAGGCAGGUAGCGGCGAUCAGGAGGCGGCCCCCGCAGAGGAGCCGGCGCCGGCGCGGCAGGAGCCCCCCUCCGAGAGCAGUCCGGAGGGACCCGCCGCCGAGUCGGCGGAGUAA